GCGCGAGGAUGUCCCCACUAACCUUAAUUGUUAUCAGUUGAUAAACAAUUGAACAGGAACCUACAUUAUUGUCACUACACAGCAUACACAGCACUAUGUAGUAUAUACGAACUAGCAUCUAAUUCAAAACUAUUGCAAAAAUAUUUACUUGCAAGGAAAACCCGAGAAACCCCGAGAGAAUACUGGAAUCAACCUUAAACCUGAGUAGCUCUAAGCUCUAUCGCCGAUCGACGCGUCGAGAUCCCCCUUCGAUAAGGUCAUCGCGACGACAUCCCCACGGCGCAAUACACUACACACACCUCUUAAGAAGGCCUCAAGAGCUACAAUUGGCCGCCCAGGACCUCAUACACCAAAAUAAAUGCCUCCCAGAAAACGCAAGCCGAUCGAGGCCGAGCCUGAGUCUGUGGCUGCCUCACCCUCACCCUCACCCGCCCCCGAACCAUCUCCCUCCCGCUCCGAGGCGCCAUCCUCCACCCAUCCCAGCGCUGACCAAUCCUUCGAGAGCACAUCAGAAGUACCGCGCUUCUUCAGCACCACCUUCACCACCUACCGUGCGUCUCCUCUCCACGUCGGCAGCAAGGAGGCCUUGACGCCUACGCGCUUGCUAGUACUAGCCCGACGCCUGCGCGACACCCUCGUUGGCGACGUCGUCCGGGGCGUGCAAGUAGGACUAGAGAGCGACGCGUCUUUGGGACGCACCGGUGCGCUGAUCAGCGUGGACUGGCGGUGGCUUGAUGCCUCGCAGGUCCUCGAGGGGAGGAAGAGCCGGCGGAAGGGCAGUCCGGAGCUGGGUAACGAUGAUAGCAACAGUAGUGAGCGGGGAGGGAGACCCCGCGUGCUGUGUAUUGAGCUGACGUACGAGAAUGCGCGGUUCGGCGCUCUGCUCCUGCCUGAUCUCAGCCGAGAUGAGGACGCUUCAGACUCUAGUAGUAACCAGCCGUCGUGGACGUGGCAGACGGAGGGGAAUGGCUCGCGCGCCGGCGACGUAGAUCAAAGUGCGUUCUUAGACCUGCCACUAAUUUUAUUCCGGAUGCCCGUCCCACUCAAAGCCGUGCUCCUCGACUUCCUCUCCAGCACCUUCGACUGCCGCAUUGCCCCCCUCGGCCUGGGCACGCGGACGCUCGUCAACGCCUGGGAAACGUGGCUCUCGGACAGCCCAUCUACACCCGGCAGACGCGCUCUAAGCAAGGACGUCCUCCUCACGCUUGGCUUCCACAUCGGGCCCCCAGAGCCCACACCCGAUGGCAAAGAAAACAACAACAACAACAACAACGAAGAUCCUAGCUCCCGGAAACUCGAACCGCCACAGCUCGGCCUAAAAACCAUCGACAUCAGCAUCCCCGCGCGAGAAGUCCGGCGCUUCCUCCGCAUGGGCAAGGGUCUCGACGACAACGACUCCCCCGCGACAGCAGGCGCGAGAAAGCGGAAAGCGGGCGCAACAACCGUGCUCUCGGACGAGCACCAGAACAGGCGGCGCCGGAAACUCGCAGGGGGCAAGGACGAAGAGGGGUGGGCGUGGCGGCGCGAGAACCACAUCAACGACAACGACGCAGAACCGACGGAGACAAUCCCCCAGCCCUUCACCGAAGCCCUCGCAGCAUACACCUGGCACCACCUCGGCCUCGACAUGUUCCACCCGGGCGUCCGCGUCCAGCGCGUCGCCUGCGACGGUUUUGCCUUGUCCGAGGGCAGGCUCAAAGUCUUUCCCCCUCCUCCUGCACCCUUACCCCCUCGUCAUGACGGUAACGAGAUCGAUGAGGAAGGAGAAGGAGGAGGAGGAGGAGGAGAGUCGGCUGUGUGGAAGUUAAUGAAGGGGUUGACGAGGAAGGCUCGUGGGAGGAGGAAGGGGAGGGGGGCGGGGAUGGGCGGUGGGUGGAGGUCUGAUGCUGUUGUUCGGACGAUGGUGCAGCUGUAG